AACAUUGAGUCCUACGUUCCCUUCUCAUUCAUCAUUCACAACAACUGCAACCAAAUUCUUCAUCUGUUUUAAUCGGAAAUUUACAAACAAAUUAAAGAAGUUAUCAUCAGUGAAUCCAAGAAUAUUAGAAAUGGCAGCUGCAACGUACGAGAAAGAUGAUCUCAAUUUAAAGGCGACUGAGCUAAGAUUAGGUUUACCUGGGUCAGAUGAUGAAGUGGAGAAGCCAUCAUCUUCUACUUAUUUUGGUGCUAAAUUUAGCAACAAAAGACUUUCAUCACAGAUGGAUAAUGGAAAAAUUGAUGAACCCGCACCAAAAGCACAAAUUGUUGGUUGGCCACCAGUUCGAUCAUACAGAAAGAAUGUUUUACAAGCCAGCUACGUGAAAGUUAGCAUGGAUGGAGUAGCUUACCUUAGAAAAAUUGACCUUAAUCUUUACAAAAGCUACCCACAAUUACUCAAGGCUUUAGAGAACAUGUUCAAGUGCUCCAUUGGAGUAUACUCAGAAAGAGAAGGUUACAAUGGAUCUGAUUAUGUACCAACUUAUGAAGACAAAGAUGGUGAUUGGAUGCUUGCUGGUGAUGUACCUUGGGAUAUGUUCAUCAACUCUUGCAAAAGACUUAGAAUUAUGAAAGGAUCUGAUGCUAAAGGUUUAGCAUCUUUGUAGACAGUGACGGAUCCAGAAUUUAGACGAUGUGUUGGUCUUGCGUUCCAAGAGUUCUAAAAUGUUUAUUUGUGUUUUCACGACACAUAGUAUAAGGUUCGGCCUCAAAGUACUUGAUUAGGUCUGUCAUUUCAGAAUGACUAAGUCCGUGAACUCAUUGUUGGAUCCGCCACUACGUGUAGAAUCCUAAGCCUAAGCUUACUGGAUUCUUCAAGAAACUGGAAAAUAUACUCGGAUCUGCAAUCAAAUCAACGUGAACAAGAAAGAGAGAAGGCUGGGGAUUUGUAUCUCCAUGUUUUCAGUCUUGUAUAGAGAAAGUAUAGCUUCAGUUUUUCUUGUACAAAGAGUUUUUUGUAUUUGUUUUUUGAAGAAAUUCGCUAUGUAUUUUCAAAGAGUAUAUACAUAUACAUAUACAUAUACAAUAUGGGGUCAGAGAUUUAAAAAAUAGAGCAAUAUCAAAUGUUAUGUUGAA